GUUGCGUCCGGGACAACAACUCGAACACUUGUGGCACGAUAAUGACAGUGGUGACGUUUUUCGGUCUGCUUUUGGCGCUAGCUGCUCCGGUUUGGUGUGCCGUCGUACCUUGCGAGUCGCAGAACGAGUCUCUUACCGGGACUCGAGCUGUCCCCGAAUGGGUUCCUCGAAAUCCGGAACAGACCCUGUACGCGUAUGUCCGCUGUCUGAACGACUCUUCGGCUAGUGUCGAAAUGAAGAUCGGUUGGGUACGGUGGCAACCGGACAGUUCACCGGAAAGUCAGUGCUACGUCAAGUGUGUCAGUGAGGAACUCCGGUUGUUCGACACCAAGGAACACCGAUUCCAUCCGGAUAGAUUUGUGAAGCAAGCGCGUGCAUUCUACAAAUCGGAUCCGGAAAAGUUACAGGCACUGGAGAGGGACGCGGAACCGAUGUUGUCGGGGAAACUGGAAGAAGUUUCGUGUCAAUCCGUGUUCGAAAAGUAUGCUCAGUUCUAUACGGCCCACACGGACACAAUCCUACGGAUGUUCCACGGACACUACCAGGACAUUGGGCAGACUUAUAAGCGACUGGGCAAUCAAGUGAAGCAAAUUGGACAGACUUUUUUGGAAUACUGCGAAAAGUUGCACAACGCCAAGUGGGAUCAGCACGAUAGUUGCCCUUCGGGUGCUCUGUUGGAUUGCAUUAUGCGAGGGUUCCGUUGGAUUAGCGAAGAAAAUGAAUUGAACAUCAACGAAAUUCGUCGCGACUACAACACCGCUGGCUACAGUGACGAAGCUGACUCGUGUGGAUCAUUAACUGCCAAUGCUCCCGAGUUGUACCGCUGUCUGCGUGAUAAAGGCGCCGAGAAACUAGGCAAAGUGAUAGAGGAGCGUAAUCAGCGUACGGCGUUCUAUUUUGAUGUAGCAUCCCAGGAAGAGCCGUGGAAGUCGGCGGUUGAGUUCGCUGAUAAUCUGGUGUAAAAUUCUUCUGGAAGCUCCGCUAUCAAAUAUGUGAUGGAUGCUGUUGGAAUCGCAUGAACCCAUUCCAGAUAAGGAUGCAUUCCGCAGCUUGUUUGUUUUUUUUUGGUAGCAUUGUUUACAUCGUAUCCUAAUUAUUUCAUCAAGCAUAGGAAUCGUGAUAAUACAACUAGUGUGAUUUAAGAAAAGCGAAA